AUGGCGGUUCGCGCACAGUUUGAGAACUCCAACGAGGUUGGCGUCUUCGCUCGUCUCACCAAUUCAUAUGCCGUUGUCGCUAUCGGAGCCUCGGAGAACUUUUACAGUGUAUUCGAGGCCGAACUCCAAGAUGUCAUCCCCAUUUGUCACGCUACUAUUGCUGGUACUAGGAUUGUUGGGCGUCUAACAGCGGGUAACCGUAAGGGCCUUCUGGUCCCCACAACCACCACAGAUCAGGAACUGCAGCAUCUCCGGAAUACGCUCCCAGACUCGGUCAAGAUUCAACGGAUAGAAGAGCGUCUAUCAGCUCUGGGAAACGUCAUCUGCUGCAACGACCAUGUCGCCUUGAUACAUCCGGAUCUGGAGCGAGAAACAGAAGAAAUGUACUACCCCCACCACCACCAUUGCUUCUUGAUUACUAUAUGGCAUGGAAUGAAAGUGUUGACAAUUUUUACCAGUAUCGCCGACGUCCUCGGUGUCGAAGUCUUCCGACAAACUAUUGCUGAUAACGUCCUGACGGGCUCAUACAUGGCUCUCUCCAACCAAGGUGGUAUCGUGCACCCCAAGACCUCCAUCCGUGAUCAGGACGAGCUCUCCUCUCUCCUCCAGGUGCCUCUUGUCGCUGGUAGUGUGAAUCGUGGUAGUGCUGUUGUCGGCGCUGGUAUGGUUGUCAACGACUGGUUGGCCGUAACGGGCCUGGAUACGACGGCAACAGAGUUGAGUGUCAUUGAAAGCGUGUUCCGCUUAGGAGAGAUGGGCCCUCGCGGUGUCGGCAUGGGCAGUACCAACAAGGAGAGCAUUGUGGAGAGCUUCUACUAG